GCUUCUAAUUUAAGCCUCGCAGCGUUAAAAACCCUGAGAAGAGCCCGGCGAUAACGGAAGACAAUAGAGACGGCGUUUGGCCGUCCGGCCUAAGCCCAUCAGUUGGACGAUGGGACGAAUGGACGCACGAACUCCGUAACUCGCAGCCAUCCAUUCCCCCAACUUCCUCUUCUUUUACCUCCCUCUCCCGUUUUCAUUCUCAUGGCUUCCUUGUUCACGAGGCACUUCCACCUCUGCUGCCGGCGGGGGCUCUCCGCCUUCAGUCACCACACGCCCUCUAUCGACCCACUCGUUUCCCGCAUCGGGACACGUGGGCAGUCCCUGAUCGCCGGACCCGGCCGGAUCUACUGCUCGUUGCCGGCUUCCGGCGAGGGCGGGAAGGUCUCGGCCCGGCUCUCGCAGAUGCAGCAGCUUCUCCAGCAGGCUGAGGAGAGGGCCGCGUCUGUCUCCGACGAGCCGACCCCGAAGAUUACGUUAGAUCAUGUUAUCGUUAACUUCGCACGAAGCGGCGGCCCUGGAGGCCAAAACGUCAAUAAAGUAAAUACUAAGGUGGACAUGCGGUUCAAUGUAAAAAGUGCAUACUGGCUUGGCGAUAGGGUCAGGGAUAAAAUUCUGCAAAUGGAGAAAAAUCGGAUAAACAAGGAUGGAGAACUUGUUAUUUCUUCAACAAAGACAAGAACACAGAAGGGCAACAUUGAAGAUGCUUUGCAGAAACUUCAGGCUAUCAUUGACGCUGCCUCCUAUGUCCCCCCUCCCCCUUCAGAGGAACAAAAGAAGAGGAUAGCGAAGCUUGCUGCUGUUGAGGAGCAGAAGAGGCGACAAAACAAGAAGGCUCACUCUGAAAAGAAGUCCGUUAGAAGAAACAAAGGAAGCUGGGACUAGUUAAGGGUAGCCGCUUUUUCUCCAUUGUAAAGUGAGCUCUCCAUUUUUAUGUGUCAUCCUUGCCGUUGACAACAUAUUCGUUAAAACUAUUGAACGGAAAUACAUAGUACUGUAACCAAAUGAGGACUGUAAUUAUGGGUGAUCUAUGCAUUGCAAUUAAUUCUGACAAAUUCCAAA